UUCGAGAUCCCAAGAUUCCUAUAUAAAGCACACUACAGCGCCUCGGCUCUCCAUCAUCAUCUUCCAUAGCCAUUUCUGGAUUCGAUCAGAAGAUUACAGAUUUGAUAUAACAACUUCGCUGUUUUUUUUUUUUUUUUUAUUUCUGCAGCAAAGAAAAUGCCUAGCAGAUCGACAGGAGUGAUCAGCCAGGACUGGGAGCCGGUGGUACUGCGCAAGUCAAAAACAAAGGCCCAAGACCUGCGCGAUCCCAAGGCGGUGAACCAAGCCUUACGGUCAGGUGUGCCGGUCCAGGCCAUCAGGAAGUUCGACGCUGGCUCUAACAAAAAAUCAGCCCCCGUGGUAAGCGCGAGGAAGUUGGACGAGGGAACGGAGCCGGCGACGUUGGAAAAGGUGUCGGUGGAGGUAAGGCAGGCGAUCCAAAAGGCUCGGCUGGAGAAGAAGAUGAGCCAAUCGGAGCUUGCUAAGUUGAUUAACGAGCAGCCCAAGGUGGUACAGGAGUAUGAGAAUGGUAAGGCGGUUCCUAACCAGGCCGUUUUGGCAAAGAUGGAGAAAGUGCUUGGCGUUAAGCUCAGGGGGAAGAUCGGGAGGUAACGUUUGCUGAAGGUCUAACCGGCUUGUAUUUGGGGGUGUUUUCUUCAUCUGAAUAUAUGUGUUUUUUGUCUUGGUUGGGUUUCAAUAGAUGUUUUAAAGCUGUGAUUGUCCUCCUGUUAAAAAUCUAAUCUAUAAUCAAAUUAUACUGCAUGUUCCAAAA